AUGGAUGAAUACACCCCGGAAGCCCUGGUGAACCGUGAUGAGCCGAUACCGGUACUGAACAUCUCUUCGAGGCGCACGAGUAAAGGCUCCGUGGACAGUGACCACUCGCGCUCAUCUUCGCAAUCGAAGAAUUUAAUCCAAGACCGAUUAUUGACCAAGCUUCUACAACAAGUCAUCCCCUCAGAAGAUGACGAGGAAGAUGCCAACCCUGGAGACAAGGUCUUUACGGCCUCUCCGAAACGCCCAGGCUUCAGUCUUCCAGCAAUGUCAAACAACUUCCGUCGCUUCAAUGCGAGAAUCGGAGUGGUCUUUCUGUUCCAGAAUCGGGUAGAGCGCCUUUUGGCCUGGCGGAACUCAACUCAUACCCUGUCUUUCCUUUUUGUAUAUUCCUUCAUCUGCUUGGAUCCCCACCUGCUACUGGUCUUACCUCUGGUGAUCCUUUUGCUCUUCAUCAUGGUGCCGGCGUUCAUCACUCGCCACCCACCACCACCGUCGACCUCUACCUCCAGCAUUGUUCCUUAUUACUCCUAUGAAGGACCAGCACUAGCACCGGCAAGAACAAUCAAGCCGGCAUCUGAAACCUCUAAGGAUUUUUUCCGAAACAUGCGAGACUUACAGAAUUGCAUGGCGGAUUUCUCAGAUGUCCACGACGCAAUUAUAUCCGUCUUCGCACCUUUAACUAACUUCUCCGAUGAAAAGCUGCUCAUUAUGCUCGCGGGUGGCAAUGCGGCCAUCUUGUCAAACAACCCGACAUUCCGAAACUUCUUCCAAAACCUGAUCCAGGACGUUGGGGGUGAUGAUGUAGGUUCACCACUUCCUCGGGACCAAAAUCAUGAUAUGUUCAGUGCCGCUCUUCCGAAGGAUCCAAGUGCUGCUAUGUCCGCGUUGGAAAAGUUGACAGAUAUCUCGCUGGAUACGGAUCCCGAGGAGCGCGAGGUCGAGAUUUUUGAGAUCCAGCACCGCGCGCCAGGGCUAUCAGAGUCUGGAUGGGAGAACUUUCUGUUCAGUCCCCAACCAUACGACCCGCUAUCCCCAUCUCGAAUUGCUGGGGACCGACCCCGCGGCUGCCGCUUCUUUGAUGAUGUCCAGGCGCCAUCUGGCUGGAAAUGGAAAAGUAAGAAGUGGGAACUUGACCUGGAUUGCCGGGAAUGGGUAGUAGAGCGCAUGAUCACUGGCGUUGGCUUUGAGGUGCCAGGGCUCUCACCAGAAGGCAACUCAAUUGUCGAUGAAAUUGGUGGUUGGGUCUGGGACCUCCCGUCAGAGUCUACCUCAGUACAAGAGGAAGGUAAGGAGAUGACUACCAUGGGCUACGGUGACUUGGAGCCAGAGCCAAAUACGUUGUCAAAGAGCAAGGGCAGAUCGUUGUCAAAGGACAAACAGGCCAAAAAUUCCUUGGAUUGGGAGGAAGCAGGAAGCGCUUCCUAUGGCGUCGGAGAAUGGCGUCGUCGUCGGUGGGUACGCAUCGUGCAGCGGAUGAAUCUUGCAGCAGCCGAGAAUGUCACCUAUUCGACCCUCGGUACCAAUUGA